AUGACGAACCAACUCGUCAAUAGCCCAGACUCGGAGCCCAAAAAGCCUCAAGAUCAACCACUAAACCGCGCCUGCGAAGCAUGUCGCAUAUCCAAGGUCCGAUGUCUUAUGAAUCCGGAUGCAAGCUCUACGCAGUGCCAGCGAUGCGCGAAGGCGAAUAGAACAUGUGUGUUUGCGCCGCCAGCUAAGAGAAGGCAACGAAAGAGAACAGAUGUGCGAGUUACAGAGUUGGAAAAGGAGAUCCAGCAGAUGCGUAGCCUUUUGAAAACCAACACACGAUCAUCCAACGAUGUCAGCGAGCAAGAAUCGGGAGACGAUGACUCAGACGACCAAGGACAUGCAGGAGGAAAGGAGACGUCCCCUAGAGUCCCGAGUCGCCUGAGUAGUAUAACAGCGACAUCAAAGCUGACAGCACCUAUCAGCAAACCACCUCCAGUCGACCCCGUUAUCACUGGCGCACCUAUAAACUUUCCGGGGUCUUCUGACAAUGAUAUCAUAGACCGUGGUGUUAUCUCAGAAGACAUGGCUCGGGAGCUCUUGAGCAUAUGGCGCACUGAGCUCGUCGCUGCAUGCCCAGGUAUCACGAUUCCUAAGCAUUGGGACGUUUUCGAUCUACGAGCGAACAAACCCGCACUCUUCCAUGCGAUCAUGGCUGCAGCUGCCCACUCCAAAGGCUCUGCCUUGUCGGACAGACUGCAUGAAGAAACUGUCCUUCUCUAUGCACGAUCCGCAUUCAUCCAGGGCGAGAAAUCAGUUCAGGCUAUACAAGCGCUCAUCGUUACUGUCACGUACUAUUCACCUUCCAAGACACCAGGACAGCUACAAAUCUAUCAGUGGGUUAACAUGGCCGCAUCAAUGGCUUUGGAACUAGGCUUGACAUCGAAACCCAGAACGCACGAGCAACUGCCCAAGCGUGCAAUCCGAUCACUUCAGAAGAUAUCUUCGCCGGAGGAACUACUUGAGCACUGUCGUACUAUCCUGCUGCUCUACAUCAUAAGUGCAGGCUUCUCGAUGAGACUAAAACGACCCAACAUACUGCUUUUCAACAGUUGGAUGGAAGAGUGCUUCAACAUCCUGGAAAAGUCAAAGCUCUUGGAUGACAAGAGAAUAGUUGCAUGGUUGAAACUUCAGCGGAUAGCUGAUGAGGCGAACACUGCCUUCGGGUUUGACGAUGCAAGUACCAGCUUCAGUCUUUCGGAAUUGCGCAUGCAAAUCAUACUGCGAAUCUUCGAUCGGCGAAUGCAAGACUGGAGGAAAGCAAUCCCAGAUGAUGUAAUGACGUUGAAUCUCCAGCUGGAGUACUACGCGGACAUGCUAUCUAUGUGGGAGUUCGGGAUGGACGGAGGUCGCUACGACGUCAUCGAGUUUCGCAAUCGCCACAUCACUUUGCCCGCGCUAGAUGACGACUGUGUACAACCCGAGUCCCUCCUCUCGCGCUCAGCAUUACAGAUCAACGCGACGACGAAAUGCAUAAGCGCAGCACACACCAUAUUAGACUUCUUCAUUGCCGUUCCUGUCGACAAACUACGGAAAUCACCCAACGCCCUCUUUGUCCGUGCUGUCUACUCUCUGGUGACUCUGAUGAAAGCCGAAUACGCAGUCGGGACAGAUGCCGAGAUGGGCGAACUUCUCGAAAGUCAGAGUCUAAAAGUGAGCUUUUACCUUGACACUGUAUUAGAAAAGACGAACGAGGCCGGGGGGCCGCCGGAGUGUAGGGUCAGAGUUCCGAGCCAUUGGAACUUUUUGCUCCACGAGAAACUGAAGAGUUGGUGGGAUGAGUACCAGGAAUGGAGAAAAGAGGGGAGACAUUUGAAGAGGAGAAAGACGGGCAAUGGUGAUGAUAGCAAUACUGCGACGGGGAAUCAGACGCCGACGUUUGCGGAACCGACCUCGCAAGUUGCGACUUCCGCUAUAGAUCCGUCACAGGUUGCUGCACAACACCAAGCACACCCAAUACCCAUGUCAAAUUUUCCUUUGGGCAACGCUUAUCCCACGCCGGCACCAUGGACUGCGAACGAACUAGGCCUUGAUGCAAGCACACAGGCUCAGCCCAUGAACGAUCAAACAACCUUCUCAACCGACAUGGGCGACUUCUCAGCGGCGUUUCAGAAUGGAGAUUUGUAUUUGUGGAAUGAUAUGACGGCAGACAAUUUUGGCGGUUGGGUUCCGCAGGGUGGAUCCUAUGGUCAUGCGGGGUUUGGAGGAAUGAACAGUGGGUUUUGA